AUGCGCAUUCAAGAUAUGUACACGCAUGCUGGAAGCACUUUAGCACAUCACGCUUGCAAUCCUUCGUCACUGUAUCGACUGAUCGCAACGACCCUUUGUUCCGGCAGUGCGCACUGCUUCCGCUAUUGCUGGAGCUACGGGUGGUCAACACAACCUCCAGCUUACCAUUCGGCGGACCCAAUCUGA